UGUCCCACAAUGCCCCACGGCCCCGCCCCGCUCCGCGGAGACCCCGCCGGGCGGCGCCGCGACCCCCGCCCGCCACCCGCGGCCUGGGCGGCUGUGCGGGCCGGGCGCCAUGUGGAGGGCCGAGCGCCGGGCCGCCGCGGCCUCGCGGCCCGGGUCCCCACGCUUCGAGGGCCGCCGCAGCACCGAGUCCGAGGUCUACGACGACGGCACCAACACCUUCUUCUGGCGAGCUCACACCUUAACUGUGCUGUUCAUCCUUACCUGUGCACUGGGCUACGUGACUCUCCUGGAAGAAACACCUCAGGACACAGCCUACAACACUAAGAGAGGUAUUGUGGCCAGUAUUUUGGUUUUCUUAUGUUUUGGAGUCACACAAGCCAAAGAUGGGCCAUUUUCCAGACCUCAUCCAGCUUACUGGCGGUUUUGGCUCUGUGUCAGUGUGGUCUACGAGCUAUUUCUCAUCUUCAUUCUCUUCCAGACAGUCCAGGACGGCCGACAGUUUCUGAAGUAUGUUGAUCCCAGGCUGGGAGUUCCACUGCCGGAGAGGGACUAUGGAGGAAACUGCCUCAUCUAUGACGCAGACAACAAGACCGACCCCUUCCACAACAUCUGGGACAAGCUGGAUGGCUUUGUUCCUGCACACUUCAUUGGCUGGUAUCUAAAGACCCUCAUGAUCCGUGACUGGUGGAUGUGUAUGAUCAUCAGCGUGAUGUUUGAGUUCCUGGAGUACAGCCUGGAGCACCAGCUACCCAACUUCAGCGAGUGCUGGUGGGACCACUGGAUCAUGGAUGUUCUCAUAUGCAAUGGACUGGGCAUUUACUGCGGCAUGAAGACCCUGGAGUGGCUGUCUCUGAAGACAUACAAGUGGCAAGGCCUCUGGAACAUUCCAACCUACAAGGGCAAGAUGAAGAGGAUUGCCUUCCAGUUCACGCCCUACAGCUGGGUCCGCUUCGAGUGGAAGCCUGCCUCCAGCCUGCACCGCUGGCUGGCUGUGUGUGGCAUCAUCCUGGUGUUCUUGCUGGCGGAGCUGAACACAUUCUACUUGAAGUUUGUGCUGUGGAUGCCGCCUGAGCACUACCUGGUCCUGCUGAGGCUGGUCUUCUUCGUGAAUGUGGGUGGGGUAGCCAUGCGUGAGAUCUACGACUUCAUGGAUGACCUGAAGCCCCACAGAAAGCUGGGCCAGCAGGCUUGGCUGGUGGCUGCCAUCACAGUCACUGAGCUGCUCAUUGUCGUGAAGUACGACCCACACACGCUCACCCUGUCACUGCCCUUCUACAUCUCCCAGUGCUGGACACUUGGCUCUGUCCUGGUGCUCACCUGGACUGUCUGGCGUUUUUUUCUGAGGGACAUCACCUUGAGGUACAAGGAGACCCGACGGCAGAAGCAACAAAGUGAUCAGGACAGAACUGUCAGCAACAGGGAUGAGCACCCAGAGCCGGAUGAUGACCUGCCAGAGGCCAGGGCAGCGGAGGAGGAAGCCACCAAGGAGGAAGCAUCAGCCUUCUCAUGAGCCAUCCCCUCUCCCAGGCCUUUCCCCACUGGGUGUUCCCUUUCCUCCUGUGCCUACUUGGCCCAAGAAGAGGGGAAGGAUGGCCAGCCCCUCUGUGUCCAUGUGUCCAAGUGAGUGUAUGUGCACAUGUGCUUAUCUGUGAGCGCUUGGCUGCUGAGCCAUCUCCAGGGUUGAGUUGGCCAGCGUGGCUGGGGCUUGCUCUGGAGCAAGGACCUGGUUUUGGCACAGCACAGGAGAGGCAUCACUCCCCAUGGGUUGGGCAGAGGCCCCAGCCAAGACUGCUGCUCCAUCCCUCUGGGCUACCCAAGUGAGGGACAGUCAUUCAACACCAAAAUGGCUGAAAAGCAGUGGAUCAGGUAGCAGCAUGGAGCUAUUUCCUCCACAUUUCAUUUAACCCAGAAUGACCCAGAGGGUGUGUGGUGGGGUUGGGGAUCACCAGACUGGCCCCUCGGUACCACUGAGUCAAGAGACACCAAGUUCUGUGGGCCUGCACCCCAGCUGCUAGUCAUGUCUCUCACAUCCAAGUUUAAGGUUUUGCUAUGAGCAGACAGAACAAAUAAAGUGAUGUGAAGGUG